AAUACGGGCAUUUGCACUCGUCGUGGACCCCAUUCUUUGCGGAAAUUCCUUGACGUCGCGUACAUCGACUCACAAAUCUUCUUAUCGCAAUGUCAUGCGUCGCCUGGCCCGCUUCAUGGGCGCGGGUAUGCGAUGGCCAGGAUUAUCCGGGAGUUGAAGGCCUGCUCAUGUGCGCCCUACACGCCUUACUACGCCCUAGAUGAUAACACGGUGAUGUGACCAACACGAAUGGAAAAUAGUUGUAAAGCUUCGGAGAAGAUUUCGGUGGCGGCAGGUAUUUGAAGACAAGUCUUUCUUCCUCUUCAGAAUUUUCAUCUUCCCAGUACUUACUUCGUCUCAUCAAUCAAGAUGAGGGACUUUCUCACAGCCUCCUCGGCGGUGCUAUCAUUAGCCAGCGGAGCUCUGUCAAGCCCAGUCAUCCCCCGCUCUGACCUUCUCUUCUUUAAACCUUUGACGGUCGCCACCGAUUCUGUACACAACAUCCACAUUGGCUACGGCGACGAUGACUUCGAGGGAGAGGUCCGGGUGGUAUAUGGAAAUUGCGACAUGGCCGGCCAUCAUGAGAGACAUCACGAGGUUGCGUCACACUGGAUCAAGCGGACGGAUCGACCAGAGCGUUUCGUUUGGAUUGUCCCAGAUAAUGCUGUCCAUGGAGGUUGCCUACACGCCUACUCGGGCCCAGCACUCAUCGGACGCUCAGCACCAGUCUCUGUCAAGCAUCAGCCAAGGAAGAGGGAGGAGAUAUCGAAGAUUGCUGAUAUGAUGGGACCGUGGUUCGAUGGUGUCGCAUAUAUGCAAGCCAAGCAGAACAACGCGUCGUACGUUGCUGUUGCAAAGAGCAAGAAGAUCGCCAUCAUUGGAGGAGGAAUGUCGGGUCUCCUGACCAGUCUCCUGCUCGAUUCUGUAGGCAUUCAUGAUUGGCAUAUCACAGAGUCCUCGCAGCGCAUCGGCGGUCGCAUCCGAACGAAAUAUCUUGCCGGUAGUACGCCAGAUCAAUACCAGUACCAGGAAAUGGGGCCAAUGCGUUUCCCUGUGUCGACCAAAUACACAGACACAAACGAAACACUGGACAUCCAAGAUCACAAGAUGGUCUUCCAGUUGGCAGAUGUUUUGAACCAGAUGAAUGGCAACGACAGUGCCCUGGCCGUCAACUUCAUUCCUUGGAUCCAGAGCAGCGCCAAUGUACCUGCCAACUCCAACGGCUACCGCCUCCCGAACGGACGCAUUCCUAGCGCUGCUCAAAUCAAGGCCAACAGAACUCUAUACACACUGCCAAGUGCGAAAGGGCCUGAUCCAGAGGCUCAGGAGCAUGCCGAGGAGGCCUACGAGGAGUUCAUCGGCGUCACACCUGAGGUCCUACGCAACAUCUCAACCAACAUCUAUAAGGCCCACAAAGCGGCUGUAGACAAGGGUCUUUUCCACUGGUCUGAAGCUGCUUACCUCCGAUAUGCACUCAACGCAAGCGCUGACGUGGUCGACUUUAUGACUGGAAACGCCGACGGCCCUAUAUGGGAGUAUGAUACUACAUACUUUGGGGCAACAACUUGGCGCACGAUCGAUAAGGGUUUAGAGUCGCUUCCUCGUGCAUUCCUCCCUCACGUUCAGAGUCGCCUGACGCUCGGUCGCAAAGUAACUGGCCUGAAGCAUGAUAACGACACAGGGAAGGUCUCGGUUGAGUGGCGCCAAGACCCCUUUGUGAUGGAGCCGCAAAGCGAGAAGUACGACUACGCUGUUGUUGCGGUACCAUUUUCCAAGGUUAGACUUUGGAGUCUUCCGAAGUAUUCCUCGCUCUUAUCUCGUGCCAUCAGUACCAUGAACUACCAGCAGUCGUGCAAAGUCUCUCUACACUACAAGACACGGUUCUGGGAAAAGCUAUCCCCACCCAUCAUUGGCGGCUGUGGUGCAGUUGACAUCCCAGGCAUCGGCUCUGUCUGCUACCCUGCAUACAAGAUCAAUUCGACCGGACCUGGCGUCAUCCUUGCCUCUUACGCAAGUGGUACAAUUGCUCGCUCGCUUGGCGCUCUCAGCACUGCUGAUCACGUUGCUCUGGUACAACGUGCGAUGGUUGAGGUCCACGGCGAUAUUGCUGCUGAGGAAUUCACUGGUGCUUUUGAUCGCCAGUGCUGGGAGUUGGACGAGCAUCAGGCUGGUGCUUGGGCGGAUCCAGUGGUCGGCCAGCAAGACCUGUAUCUCCCCGCAUACUAUGAGACCGAGUACAAAACCAUCUUUGUGGGCGAACAUACUUCUUAUACGCACGCUUGGAUUUUCUCAGCCCUCGAUUCAGCGGUGCGGGGCACUACCCAGCUGUUGUUGGAUAUGGGCUUGGUCGACGAGGCCAAGCAGGUUGUCGACACCUGGAUGGGUAGGUGGAUCCAUGUAUAGAUGGAUUAAGAAUAGAAAACGACGAAUGAGUAGAUGAGAAACGAUUCAUAGAGAAUAGAUGCAAUUUAUAUAAUAAUAAUAAU